AUGAACGACCUGAUUCCCAGCUUCCAUAUGACGGGUGAAGUCCUCUUUGCCGGGCAGGACCUGUACGCUCCCCGCGUGGACCCGACCGAAAUACGUUACCAGAUUGGCAUGGUGUUCCAGCGGCCCAAUCCCUUUCCCAAGUCUAUUUUUGACAAUGUUGCUUUCGGCCCCAAGGUUAACGGGUUCAGGGGCAAUUUGGCGGAGUUGGUGGAGCAAUCCAUCCGUCGGGCGGCAUUAUGGGACGAGGUAAAGGACCGGCUUAAGGAGAGCGCCCUUUCCCUGUCCGGCGGUCAGCAGCAGCGUCUCUGCAUCGCCCGGGCCCUGGCCGUGCAGCCACAGAUCAUAUUAAUGGACGAGCCUUGCUCUGCCCUCGACCCCAUUUCAACACUGGCCAUUGAAGAGCUGAUGCGGGAACUUUCCAAGGAAUACACCAUAGUGAUCGUGACCCACAACAUGCAGCAGGCGGCCAGGGUCUCCGACUUCACUGCCUUCCUGAAUCCCCGAGAAGACAAGAUCAGCGAACUGAUUGAGUUUGGCGAGACCCGGCAAAUCUUCACCAACCCCAGGGACGAAAGAACUGAAGCGUACAUCACGGGGCGCUUCGGUUAA